AUGUUCCGGUCGGCAGGCGACAACGCAGCGCACCGAUUCACUUCAGCAAAUGUUGAGCAGGUCCGAGCCGACGAAGAACGCCUUGAUCUGAGUCUGGUGGUCGCCUGGCUGCGCACUGAACCGUCAGUUAUUGUCUGGCUGUCGGUAUUGCACAGAGUGGCGUCUACCGAACAAGUGGUGCAUCACGCCCGCUGUGGAGUUUGCCAUCAGCAUCCAAUGAUUGGUUUCAGGUGA